ACCCGGCGACAGUGAGAACGCAGUCAGAACGACUUGAACCUCUGUGUGGAAUAAAGCUGCGUGUGUAACAAAAUUCAUUAUUUCAAUCCGUACUGGAUUUCUUGACAAGCAACAUGACCUUUGAAGAGCUGAACGGAGAUUAUACUUCUGUCGAAAGGAUGGAUUCGGUCUCUAAAGCCCUUGAGGAAGUCCUCGCUUCUGCUUUGCUCCAAGGCUGGGUUACAGUCGGAGUUUAUGAAUCUGCAAAAGCACUGAAUGUAGACCCGGAUAACGUCGUGCUUUGCAUCCUGGCCACCGACGACGAGGACGUGAAGGACGUCGCCUUGCAGAUCCACUUCACUCUCAUCCAGGCCUUCUGCUGCGAGAAUGACAUCAACAUCCUCCGCGUGAACAACACCAGGCGCCUCGCCAAGAUCUUGGGAGCACCGGGGAAGCAAGGAGGCGAGCAAAUGGACCUGCAUUGCAUCCUAGUCACCAACCCACGUGCGUCUUCGUGGAAGAACCAGGCGAUGUGGAAAGUUAAUCGCUUCUGCCACGAGAGCCGCUGCAUGGACCAGUGGGUCCCCGUCAUCAACCUUCCCGAACGAUGAGACAAUUAAACCGGACGAAAGAAAAACCUUUAAAAAAAAAAAAACGACAACAAUAACAAAAUGUUAUAAAACUCCUGAGCGCUGCCUCCUGAGUACAGCGGAUCUUGGAACUCGAGCUCGGCCUGCUCUCGAGGAGGAGGAGGAGGAGGAGGAGUGUUUUUCUCCAGCAAGCCCUGUCAAGAUGACUCAGCGGGUUUUUAUUUUUGCUUUCAGGAACGUUGCUUUCAGAGAAAGGGAGGACGCUGAGCUGGAGGCGGAAAAAAAAACAAAUCAUGAACAGUCUGUGCUGAGCAGUGAAGCUCGCACGCAAAGGAUUUCUUUCUAGGAAGUGUGGAUUCAGGACGAGGCCGCUGGAGCCGCUACGCUGUUCAGUUUCUCAGAAAUCUCAAAGUUUAUGUGUUAUUUACGGUUUUCUAUGAUUAUUAUUAUUAUUAUUAUUAUUAAUAUUAUUGUGAAAACUAUUUUUUUUUUUUUUUUUUUGGGAAAAAAAAGAGAUGGAUUCAAACUUUUCCACUUUUCUGUACAAGUUUUUUUUUUUUUUUUUUGCGUAAGUUAAUCACUCAUUUCCUAGACUUUAAAUUAAAUUAUUUCAUAUUAUUCACUGUAAAAAGUAUUUAUGCUAAUUCCUUUUUAUACUACCAACAGACCUGUGAUUGGUUUCAGAUGUAUUUUGUGAUGCAAUAAAAUAUAUUUUGAAAAGAAAAAAAAA